AUGCACGACACCGCCUACACGUUCUUUUCAGGAUUGGGCAUCGUGCUCGUUAUCCUCCCCAUUACCCUUCAAUGGAGGGCACGCAACACCAGCACCAUCUUCAAUCUCCUCUGGAUUUUCGUCAUUGAUGUGGUCGUAUUCGUCAAUUCCAUCAUGUGGUGGGACAGUUAUCGCGUUUAUGGCCUCGUCUGGGGCGACAUCAGUGCCAAAGUGAUCACUGUUUCCCCUGUUUGCCUAUCUGCAUCCAGCCUGUGUAUCAAUCGACGCCUGGCAACCAUUGCCAGCUCACGUUCUGUCAUGCGACACGAAAAUAUGCGACUGUCGAAACUUCUCGACAUCUUCAUCGGCAUCGGAAUCCCAUUGCUUGUCAUGGGUCUCUCAUACAUUGUCCAACCUCACCGCUUCGACAUACUGGAGGGAUUCGGAGUCCAGCCCGUCAUCUAUCGCUGCUUGCCGGCUAUAUUCCUGGUCUAUAUAUGGCCGGUCGUACUCUCUCUCAUCUCCGCUGGGUAUGGAUGCGUUGCAAUCAGAUUCUUUGUCUCACGUCGACGUGAGCUAAGGUCGCUGCUGCUCUCCUCCCACAGCGGCCUUGACAUUGGGCAGUACCUUCGUCUCGUUGGUCUCGCAUCGGCGGACCUCCUGUGUGGCUUCCCCGUAUCGGUCUACUACCUUUACGUGUCAAGCCAGAAUCUGCGCCCUUGGGUUUCGUGGAACAACGUCCACAUGUACUGGUCGCGUGUGGACACAUAUAGUGCGGAAAACGCCCUGGCGAGUAACUCCUUAUCUGUAUUCGCCUUCCUGCCCCGCUGGGGAGCGCCCUUCAUGUGUACGGUAUCCUUCUUGUUCUUCGCCGUGGGCGACGACGCGACGAAGAAGUACCAUCAAUGGGCUCGCACUGCCUCCCGUCUCGUCACUAAGCAGGGACCGGAGACAGCGGACAGGUAA